CAGACUCCUGCUAGUCCCUCCAGAUCGAGUCUGCUGAGAGAGGAGUCCUGGUGGAAGACCAUGACAUGUUUCACUUUUUGACACCGGCGCGUGUGAGGGAGGGGAAACACUCCGGAGCCCGUGGGGUGUGGCAGAACUUUUACUACUGUUUUCUGAGAAACAAACAGACGCGAGAAGGAAAGGCGCAGAAGGAACUUCAGGAAAAACAAAGAUGACUCGGUCGGUCUAACUUCUUCGCUCAGCGCUGACGGUGUGCGGAGCCGGGAACGAAGGCGGAAAAAGUAACGCGUCCUCCGCUCCGCUCCUCCGGGGCGGCGAUGGAGCCCAUGUACGUGGUGGGCAAAGACUCGGAGUCGGAGUCGUGCCCUGCGACCCCGGCCGGGCCGGACAGCCUCGGGGGCAGGAGCUUCCGCGUGAGACACAGGAUCCUGGAGCUCGAAGACGUCGGGUCGCGGGGGGAGGACGCGAGGGACACGAGGAGGGGGCCUGAGGAGCAGUGCGGAGCGAGCAGCGGGAGCGAGGCGCCUCCGCCGCUGGGCGACAUCAGUGGGGCAAGAUCAGAGCGGAGCCCCAAGAGGAAGAAGAAGCAGCGGCGUAGUCGAACAACCUUCAACAGUAGCCAACUGCAGGCACUGGACCGGGUUUUUGAGCGCACACACUACCCUGAUGCCUUUGUGCGUGAAGACCUGGCCCGCCGAGUCAAUCUCAGUGAAGCACGAGUGCAGGUGUGGUUCCAGAACAGGAGAGCCAAAUUUCGCAGGAACGAGAGGGCCAUUCUGGCCAGCCGCUCUGCCAGCCUGCUCAAGUCGCACCACCAGGAGGCAACCAUUGAGCAGCCUGUGGCCCCCCAUCCUGCCCCCCUCAGCUCAGACUACCUGUCCUGGUCUCCAUCCACACCCUACAGCACAGCACCCUCAUAUAGCCCGCCAAACACACCCGCGGAUGGACAGGGAGCCAGCAUGGCCAGCAGCAUUGCCAGUCUGCAUCUGAAGGCUAAGGAAUACAGUCUGCACCAGGGCCAGGUGCCCACGGCGAGUGGAGCGCUGCCCAGCUCUGCCUAGCCUUGCCCAUGCUGCCAACUCAGGGUUGGAUUCAGACGCCCAUCACGAGGCUGAAUAACUGGAUCUAAACCAUAGAAUGAGCAAGGAUCUGAGUAAAUGGACCUAUGUCACAAACUACGCAAGGGAAUGAGUGACUAGAUCUAAAGUACGUCAUAGGCCUGAGUAACUGCCAGGAAAGAAGGCUGAACCAGCUGGAAUAUUUUAUAGUGCCUCAUUGAGCAUUCCAACCAAGCCUCCCAUCUUCCCGUCACCACCCUGCUGUAAAACAGAGGGACUUAUUACUUACUCAGUGAGUAACCUCAUGUCCAAAGCAGAGUUGCAGUGGUCCAGAGCCUGUCCAGGAAGCGUAGGGCAUAAGGCAGGGUACACCCUGGACUGAAUGGCAGCCCAUCACAAGACAAGUGCAAAAGUACGAACGCUGACGCACACAUUCACACGCUAUGGACAAUUUACCGCAUUACCAGUUUGCCUGAAACGCAUGUCUUUGGACUGUGGGAAGAAACGAGACCGAGCAAAGGAAACCCACACAACACGGGGAGAGCAUCCAAACUCCACACAGAGUGAGCUAGACUGGAACACGUCUGAACACCCAGCCCAGAAGCUGAGACACCAACACUGUCCCCUGUGCGCUAUGCUGUCCAAAUACAGCAUUAGUGUCUCUUUUUAAAGCCUGAAUAUAAUAUAAUUUGUCUGAGAAAAUUUGCGUAGAAUUAUAUACCAACAUAGGCAUAACGAGGGAAACAUAGUACCCCCAGUGUUCAAACGAGACAAUUUGUCUCCCAAAAUAUUUAUGUAUAACUCCAUCGAGUAAUAUUGAUAAUAUUCUUUGGUCUCUCAAAAUCUAACAAGUUUUUAGCCCACUGAAUACUAGCGAUGCAUUUUUUUUUAAGACAUUUUG